AUGAAAGAUCAAGAUAUCGUCGGCGAGGCGCUUGCCUCUGUUCUACCACAGUACAAUAAGAUUUGGUUUCGGGUUCCGCAUUUACUGCAAUUGAAUUUGAUUUUGAUAAUUCCGUUGCUGUCUUCUGCGGUUGCUGGAUAUGAUGCAGGAUCAUUAAUGAAUGGUCUCCAAUCGAUAACUCAAUGGCAGAACUACUUUGGUAAUCCAUCCGGCGAGAUCCUGGGUGUUGUUAAUGCAGCGCAAUCCAUUGGGAGUGUUCUCUCUCUUCCUGUUGUCGGGGUUCUAUCUGAUAAGAUCGGUCGACGGUGGACGUUGUUGUCGGGGGCUGUUACCAUUGUCAUUGCUUCGGCAAUCCAAGCGGCAUCGGUGCAGUAUGGGAUGUUUGUGUUUUCGAGGGUACUCGUAGGAAUCGGCUCAAUGCUAGUCGUCCAGCCCUCACCAAUGCUCAUCACGGAACUAGCAUAUCCGACGCAUCGAGGGAAAUACACCAGCGCCUUCUGGACAAUGUACUACCUCGGCGCAAUAGUCGCCUCCUGGACAUCCUACGGCACCCAGAAACAUCUAACCGACGAUUGGACAUGGCGCAUUCCCUCGAUUGUGCAAGCUGGGUUUCCUAUUAUCCAGAUUGCGCUUUUUUGGUUCCUGCCUGAGUCUCCGCGAUGGCUCAUCGCAAAUGGUUAUACCCAGCAGGCAGAACAGUUACUCGCUCGCUUUCACACGGCUGGUGAUAUCUCACAUCCGUUAAUUCAAUUUGAAAUGGCCGAAAUCGCCCAGACGAUUGAAAUCGAGCAUUCAGCAUCCACAAUGCGCUGGACGGCACUUGUUGAUACACCCGGGAAUCGCAAACGGACGUUCAUCGCUGUGUGUGUUGGGACGUUUGCGCAGUGGAAUGGCGUCGCCGUGGUCUCAUACUACCUAACCCUCGUCCUCGACACCAUCGGAAUUACAGACCCUGACACACAAACCCUCAUAAACGGCCUAUUACAAGUAUUCAACUUCGUCGCCGCCGGAAGCGCCGCACUCCUCGUCGACAGAAUAGGCCGUCGUCCGCUCUUCCUCUGGUCCGCGCUGGGCAUGCUAAUCUCCUUCAUUAUCUGGGCAGCCUGUUCAGCUAUUGUCAACGGGGACGAUGGCAACCAAGCCGUAGGCCGCGCUGUCAUCGCAUUCGUAUUCAUAUUCUACUUCCACUACGACAUCGCGUACACGCCGUUACUCCUCGGCUAUCCAACUGAGAUAUUCCCCUACUCGAUCCGGAGUAAAGGCGUGACGGUGGAAUUAUUAGCUGUGUAUUCAUCGUUGAUUAUAUUGGCGUUUGUAAAUCCGAUUGCGUUGGAUCGAAUUGGAUGGCGGUAUUAUAUCUUUUUCUGCUGUUUUGAUGUGCUUGUGCUUGUUGUUACUUGGUUUUGUUUCCCGGAGACGAAGGGGCAUUCGCUGGAGGAGAUUGCGGAGGUUUUUGAUGGGACGGGGGAUGAGGUUGAUGAGGAGAAAGUUGGGAAGAGGGGGGUUGAGCAUGCUGAGUAUGUUGAUUGA